CAGUUCAACUAUCUCCAAUGGGACUCUAAAUUCGAGGAUGAGAAGCCCUACUACCUGUACACAGAUCCGCCACCCGGAGAACCAAAUGCGAACUUCGUCACUCGCCCGGGCGAGCCAGAGCACGUCCACGACGUGCGAGGUCGAGAGAAGGAGUUCAACCUCGACGACCAUGCUUUCGCUUUCGGUCAUCAAGUCUACCCAAAUCUCCGAGAUCUCAACGAUGCGACCAUCCAAGCAGAGUACAUGCCAUCUCUCGAGAAGCACAUUCGAGAUCUCCUGAAACAGGAAGCUGUCAUCUUCUGGUUCGAUUGGAGAAUAAGAUCGAGCGACGAGGCAAAGUCCAAAUACCCCGAAGGAACGAAGAUCAGUCUUGGUGACCGGAUGACCACUUUGGCGCCCAUCAAGGCGGUCCACGUCGCAACAGAUCAGACUCCUGCGGCAACACUCGAUCGCGUGCAUCGGCAUGCCCCACACAUGGUCGACCAGCUUCCAGAUAAGAGAGUUCGCAUUAUCAACACAGUCCCAGAUGACAAGCUGAUCGAGGUCGAUGUUGUACGAAGGACAUUUCUCGGCGAAAGCUACUAUCCGCUCGAAGGCGGUGGGUACCGCUGGCACUUCAUGGACCAUCAGACCUCUGAUGAGCUUUUGUUUAUGAAGAUGAGCGACUCA